AUGCGCAUCCCCUUCCCCGUCGUCGGUUCGCUUCUCUCCUCGCGCUCGCGUCCUCCCUUCUCCGCCUUCGGUUCGCUUCUCUCCUCGCGAUUCUCCGCCUUCGCCAUGGCCACCCCGCCGCCAGUGCCCAGGAAGGUGCCGCGAGAGCUCCUCCAGCACGGCGAUGUCCGCGUCGACAACUACUACUGGCUCCGCGACUACUCCCGCUCCGAUCCCGACGUCCUCGCCUACCUCCGCGACGAGAAUCAUUACACCACCACCAUCAUGUCUGAUAUCAAUAAGCUUGAGGACGACAUAUAUGCUGAAAUUAGAGCAAGAAUCAAGGAGGAUGAUAUAGAAGCGCCUCUUCGCAAAGGCCACUAUUACUACUACAAAAGAACACUGGCUGGCAAGGAGUAUGUGCAGCACUGCAGGCGUCUCGUGCCAACUGAUGGUCCUAUUACAGUCUAUGAUGUCAUGCCCACUGGACCCAAUGCUCCUCAUGAGCAUAUUAUUUUGGAUGAGAAUGUCAAGGCCGAGGGCCAUGACUACUAUAGCAUUGGGGCUUUCAAGGUCAGUCCUAAUGGUAAGCUAGUUGCUUACGCACAAGACACUAAAGGCGAUGAAAUUUACACUGUUUACAUUAUUGAUGCCGAGAGUGGAAAAUAUAUUGGCCAACCACUUGAAGGAAUUACUUCUGACAUUGAGUGGGCUGGUGAUGACUACCUUGUUUACGUCACAAUGGACGCCAUUCUCCGGCCAGAUAAAGUAUGGUUGCACAUGUUAGGAUCUGAUCAGUCAAAUGAUAUAUGCUUGUAUCAUGAAAAAGAUGAUAUGUUCUCCCUUGGCCUCCGAGCUUCUGAAAGCAAGCAGUAUUUGUUUGUUGAAUCUGGAAGCAAAAGCACAAGCUUUAUAUUCUACCUGGAAGUAUCCAAACAGAAUAAGGAGCUUGUGGUUUUAACUCCUCGUGUUAAUGGUAUUGAUACAACAGCCAGUCAUCGUGGAAACCAUUUUUAUAUUAAGAGGAGAAGUGAGGAAUUCUAUAACUCUGAAUUGAUUGCUUGCCCAUUGGACAAUGUAGCUGAGACCACUGUCUUGCUACCACACAGAGAAAGUGUGAAAAUACAGGACUUCCAGCUCUUUGAGAAUCAUGUUGCUGUAUAUGAACGUCAAAAUGGUCUACCUAAAGUAACUGCAUAUCGCCUACCAGCCACUGGAGAGCCAGUUGGGCAGCUUCAGGGAGGCCGAGAGAUUGAUUUUGUUGAUCCAGCAUAUGAUGUGGAACCUGAGCAAUCACAAUUUGGUUCAUCUGUUAUCCGGUUCCAUUAUAGCUCAAUGAGGACCCCACCGUCAGUUUUUGACUAUGACAUGGAUUCAGGAGUGUCUGUGCUGAAGAAGAUUGAUACUGUCCUAGGUGGAUUUGAUGCAUCAAACUAUGUAACAGAAAGAAAAUGGGCUGCCGUUUCUGAUGGCACCCAAAUACCCAUGACCAUUCUAUACAGAAAAGAUCGUGUGAAUCUUGAUGGCUCAGACCCGAUGCUGCUAUAUGGCUAUGGCUCCUAUGAGAUAUGUAUAGAUCCGAAUUUUAGGAGAUCGAGAUUCUCUCUAGUUGACAGGGGCUUUAUAUAUGUGAUUGCUCAUAUUCGUAGAGGCGGUGAAAUGGGACGUAAGUGGUAUGAGGAUGGGAAGCUAUUGAAUAAGAAAAAUACUUUCACUGAUUUUAUUGAUUGUGCUGAGCACUUGAUUGAAAACAAGUACUGUUCCAAGGAAAAGCUUUGCAUCAAUGGCAGAAGUGCAGGUGGCCUAUUGAUGGGUGCUGUCCUAAAUAUGAGGCCUGAUUUAUUCAAGGCAGCUGUUGCUGGAGUUCCCUUUGUUGAUGUUCUUACAACUAUGCUUGAUCCAACUAUCCCGUUGACUACAUCUGAGUGGGAGGAAUGGGGUGAUCCAAGAAAAGAAGAGUACUAUUAUUAUAUGAAAUCAUAUUCUCCUGUUGAUAAUGUAAAAGCACAAGGAUACCCUAAUAUCCUUGUGACUGCUGGCUUAAAUGUACAUCCUCGUGUGAUGUACUCUGAACCAGCAAAAUUUGUAGCAAAGCUAAGGGAACUGAAGACUGAUGACAACCUUCUGUUAUUCAAGUGCGAACUUGGUGCUGGGCACUUCUCAAAAUCGGGAAGAUUUGAAAAACUACGAGAAGAUGCAUUUACUUAUGCGUUCAUCCUCAAGGCACUGGGAAUGGCUCCAAAGGCGUCGUUGUAAAAGACCUUCCAUUCAGAAGGCACUGACUGUUGUAAUUGAUUGGUUGUAGUAAAACAUAACUUGGCUGGAUCGUAUCGGUCGUUUUCAUUGAUCCAAGUCAGUCAGUGAGACAUUAGAUAUGACUAUGGACUACACUAAUGGGGUUCAGAGGAUGGUUGCCGCAUUUUCAACCUCUACAUAUAUGAGCUACCGAAGACAGAUAUACUACUACUUCCGUUUUAUAAUGUAAGGUUUUAUAAUGUAAGA